CUGGUCAGUCAGUACACACACACACACACACACACACACACACACACACACAUACAAACACACACACACGUACUGAGGAGGAGAAGGUCCACGCUGCUGACCUGCUCAAACUGGUUCUGGUCAGUCAGUACACACACACACACACACACACACACACACACACACAAACACAUACACAUACAAACACUCACACACACACACGUACUGAGGAGGAGAAGGUCCAUGCUGCUGACCUGCUCAAAUUUGGCCGAAUUACUCAGGUGCUGUAGUAUUCUGUGACAUCAUGUCCAUUUUUUCCUCCUCAGUCACUUCCAGAGUCAGAGCACCCCACUAUAGAGAACAGAAUCUGCCCCGGUGAGUCCUUCAUUUUGGCUUGGCACUUUUAUGGGGCUUGGCGAUGAUUUCCUAGCUGUAGCAAUGAAUUGGAUAAGGGAAAAGGAAUGGUGAGUUGAAUAGGGAGUGUGUUUGUGUUCGUUCCACCUCAGUGGAUGCAGCCACCCUGUACAUCCAGGCAGUGAAGACUCCAGCCCUGCAGACAGAGGCCUCGCUCUCAGAGAAACACACAGACAGCUUCAGUGAAGAGGAACCGAUGUGGAAGAGCAGGAUAGAGCAACACAGACAGGAGCUGGACGAGGAGAAGGUUUACAGAGAGGCUCUAAGGAACAGAAUCAUUCCUCCUUAUUUCCACUCAGAGAAAGAAGCAGCUUUUGAGUACUCGGAGGUCCCUGAUAUGAGAUCUCUGUCUCAGGACCUUCCUCCAUUCCCCAAGACUCCCAACUCCCAGAACUACCUCAAGGAUGCCCCUCGAGAGACAGCAGCCCAACGACCUUUGAACCCCACGCCCUCUCACGCAGCAGGAAGUGAUGCGCUGCCUAGGAGACCCACCAACCCCACCCCUCAAACUGCAGGUCUGCUCAGUACACGACUUAGACUUAGGUUAGUGUUAGGGUAAGAGUGGCAACAGCUAGUCUUACUGGGGUUCGAGUCAUAACGAAAAAGACAUUACAGACAAAUGACUUUACAAUUUGCAUAAAUUUAAAAACCUUAAUGUGUGUGUGUGUGUGUGCGUGUGUGUGUGCAUCUAUCAGUUACACAUACAUGUCAGUACAUACACACAACAAGUAUGUAUGUACUGUGGCGUUGUGCCGUGAGGUAUUGCUUUAUUCGUUUUUCUGGAUCUGUGGACGUUCGUGUUUCUGGAUACCUGGUGGCAUGUCUGGUAGGCAGGGUUCGCACAAGGUGCUUGAAUUUGUCCUGGACCUGGGGACUUUGAAAAGAC